AUGGGUGUAUCUUUAGCCAGCUUUAGCCAUCCGUGCAUUCCUGCUCCUUACGAUUCACCUCGUAGAUUCUACGUUUUCCAACACCCUCACCUUCCUCUCCCCCUCUCCCCCCCCCUCCCCUCUCUCCCCCUCCCCCCUCUCCCCCCCUCCCCUCACCCCCUCCUCCAUCCCCACUCCCCUUGGUCGGUCUCUCCCAGCCAAGAGGCUCAAUCAGAGGAGGACUGUGUCUCGAGCUCCUCUUGUGCACCUCCACCGGAGGAGCACUCACCAGAUACCACCUUCCCCGCAUGCGCCUCCACCUCAUCACUACCAUCCGAUGCACCAUCCCUGCCGCGCCAUCUCAUGCCGAAAUCACCAAGCGUGUCGGUUCUGGACGUUCUGCGGAAGCAGGAGGAACAGUCACAGCUGACGGAUUCGGAUUUCCCUCCGAUGCUGUGCCUAGAUGCGGAGGAUGAGCAGCAGGAGGAGCAGCAGCAGAAUGGGGAGAGGCAGAGCCAGGGGCAGGGGAAGGAGCAUGGCUUCCCUGAAGAAGGUGGCAGGGUGGAGGAACGGGAGAGGGAUUUUGCAGCAGCAGAGAGUGAAGGUGAACGAGCAACAGAGUCAACAAGCAGAAGCAUUGAUUUUGGGUGCAACGUGGAGGGGCUAGGGGAGGAAAUGGAAGAGGAGGAAGAAGAAGGAGAAGGAGUGGAGGGGGAUGAGGAGGAGGAGGAGGACGAGGAAGGGGGAGGGCGAUACCAAGGGCCGCGCAUAGCAGGGUUGGAGCCGAUGAACUUUGUCACGCUCGCUUCACCUCACCUAGGCUCUCGUGGGAAAGGGCAUCUGCCCUUUCUGCUCAAGGUGAGCCUCUUCGAGAAGGCGUCGGUCCCGCUCGCACCUCUCUUCCUCGGCCGCUCCGCCCACCACCUCUUCCUCACUGACGUGGACCCUCCAGUAGAAACAACCGAUGCCGCCCCUUCAAUCGACGUUGGCACCGCUGAUGCCAACCCUCACAUUGACUCCACUGGCACCGUUGAACCACAGAUUGAACCGGUAGGUGUAGUCAGCACUCGGACUGACACCACCGGGGCUGAUCGUCAACCAGGCACGGCUGAUGUUGAUGCUCUGGGUGGUGAUUCUGUGGCUGGCAAAAAUCAAGCAGACGGUGCGUAUGGUAACCCUUCUACGGGUUGUGUCGACCUUUUGAAUGUCGCGUCUGGUGCCGAACCCCCUCUCGAUAUCGACACAACUCUCUCCUCCGUUGACACUGGUCGUCCCCUUGCUGAUCAUUUUGCUAAGCCAGUUGCUGAAGCUCUUGCUGCGGGUGCUGAGGCCCAUUUGGGCCAUUCGGAAACCAGAAGCAGCGUGAAGGGAGCAGCUGGGAAGCAGCAGCAGGCAAGUGCGAAAGAGCAGCAACGGCAACAACAGCAGCAUAAGCACCAGCAGGAGAAGCAGCAGCAGCAUGGGAUGGUGCGGCUGCAUCGGCUGGGAAGCAGCCUGAUUGACGUGACAAGGGUGGCAGCAGCAGAAGGCCGACUAGAGGAGACAACAGGGAAAGGGGUCGGGAGUCACAAGGUGAAACACCAGCUGCCUCUGCUGCUUCGCAUGACUACGGACAACGAGGAAGGCCCCUUCCUAAAUGGUUGGGUGGCGGACAGCCUCGAUCCGUCACCAGUGGGAGAUGCCAUCGACGAACUGCACGAGCUGCCAGACUAUCGCUUCAUCGUGAGAGUACAGCCCAUGCAGUGCCAAUCAAAGAUCCCAGUGCAACCCAUGCGAUGCGAAUCGGAGGGUACCACUGUGCAGCCCGUGCCAUGCCAGCCAGAGCCAAGGGCCCCAGGAUGUAUUGACACAGGUGCAGGGGGGGAGGAGAAAGGAUGCUUUGCUGACACAUCGUCUCAGCACUUGGCUGCGUGUGAUGCUUCUUUGCAUGCCAGUGCUGCUGCUGCCUCUGUUGCUGAUUUUGCACAAACGGACACGACAGGUGCUUUAGCAGCUGAAGCUUCUGAUUUCAUGGCAGGGAAUGCCACGGGUAGUGUUUCAGGUGGCCCCUCAGGUGGUGCUUCAGGUGGUCCGUCAGGUGGAUCUGCAGCCGGCCCUCCAGAAACAAAAGAACACGCUAAUUUCUUUGCGCGCCUGAAGGGAAGGUGGAAAAUGGGGGGACGAACAGCAUCAAGUGGCGGCUUUGGCCUGAACUUUGGACUCGGUUCUCCACAGCAGCAGUUCCUGCCAUGCCAGCAGCAGCCUCUGAAGCUGAAAGACAAGGGGCAUACCGAGCAGGGUGAGGGAGGAGAGCAGGCGUUUGGGAACCAUAAGAACUCACCUGACGAUCCACCUGAGGGUUCACCUGAGGAGGGUGAGGGAGAAGUGUUACAGCUGGUGCGGAGCAUGAGUGAGGGUAUGGUUUCCAGGGGCGCGAGUGGCAGGGGCAGCGGUGGUGGUGGCAGUGGCGGCAGCAGUGAGGAGGGGAGUUGCAAAGGCAAAAACAGAACAGGGCAGAGGGCGACUAAGAAUGACGAGGGGCAUGGGAGUGAUGAGGGCUGGCGUGGGGACGAGACUAAGGCGAGGAGAGCAGCGAUUGGUGGUCCUACUGCUGCAGGUGGUGCUGGUGGUGCUGGUGCUGGUGCUGGUGGUGCUACCAUGCUGCCACGUGCUGCGGGGAUAGCGCCAAAGAAGCAUAGCAUUCACAUGCAGUGGGAGGACACGAUGGUGGAGAAUCUCAACCGUGUCCCAUGGGCUCGCAUCGAUGUCAACUUUGCAUCGUCACCACUUGCCUUCCUCGCUCACAUCCUCAUUCAGGUGAACAUCCCGACACUCAAGGCGCAUGGAGCCAGUGUGAUACAGCAUGUGAUCGACAACUUUGUGGUGUAG